AUGUCAUUCCGCAAAAGGAAUGUCGGGCUGUCGCCAGGCUUAUCCUGUGGAAUUGCUCCCAAUGCCACCGGUUCGCAACCUCCGCAAUUGCCGCGCAAGGCGACAUUGGGACUCCGUGCCUCACCUGUGGAUGGGAGGCAGACUACCUCUACUGGCACUCCCUCCUUGGAUAAUUUAUUAGCAGGACAUGCGGGAUUUGUGCUAGGGAAUUCCCUUCUGAUUGAAGAAAGCGGCACAACUGAUUUCGCGGGCGCUUUGUUAAGAUAUUUUGCUGCGGAGGGCGUGGUUCAAGAGCAUCAGCUUCAUGUCAUCGGGGUCGGUGAGCAAUGGGGAAGAGCUCUUCCUGGGCUUGUUGGAACAGGAGAAGCUGCAGAUGAUAAACCUAGUAAAAGAACGGAGGAGAGAAUGAAAAUCGCCUGGAGAUAUGAGCGAUUAGGAGAGUUUGGCGCUGGAAUUGCGGGGUCAAGAGCAGCCCCUGCUCCAACAGUAGAGAAAGCUCCGGAUUCAUCACAAUCCUCUCCCGCGCCACAGGUGUUCUGUCAUACGUUUGAUUUAACGAAGCGCCUAGUCCAUUCCUUGCUUCCUGCUAUAAAUUAUAUCCCUCUUUCAACAUCCCCAACACCAAAUGCUUCUCCAUAUACAUCUGCCCUCCAUCAACUGUCUAUCGCAAUAUCGACUUCACCACCAAAUAUCAUCCACCGAAUUAUUGUUCCAUCCCUGCUCUCUCCAGCUCUAUAUCCCCCACACGCCAGCCAACCCGAAUACGUAUUGCAGUUUCUGCAUUCCAUGCGCGCCAUUCUGUCGACCUACUCCAGCCGGACAACAGCGAUGAUCACUCUCCCAUUAUCCCUAUACCCUCGAACCUCGGGUCUCACUCGAUGGAUUGAAUUGUUGAGCGACGGUGUUAUCGAGCUUGCACCUUUUCCCCACCUUUCAGACGCCAACCCAUUUGCCACAUCGGGAGCUGCCACAGCACAGGAGGAACCGCCACAGGGUUUGCUCAAAAUCCAUCGGCUACCUGUUUUGCACGAACGAGGAGGUGGAGGCGGAGAGCGUAGUUUGGGUGACGAUUGGGCUUUUACUCUCAGCAGGAGGAAAUUCGUGAUUAAGCCGUUUAGUCUACCACCCGUAGAAGGAGAUAAUGAGGCACAGCAAGGCAGCGCUUCAGGUGGCCCGAGUAAAGAAGACCUAGAAUUCUAA